AUGCAAGCCCUUUCUACCUGGCCCCAGACGCAGCUGGGCAGCCUAUCCGGCCUGUUGUCUAGCGGCUACGAGGCCAUCCCCCAAGACCCCACCAGCACCCACAGCGCCGUCUACAGCUUCGUUGACAGCGACGAGUUCAUUUAUGACGGUAGCGAGUGGGACGACGACAUCACCCGCUCGGACAAAAAGGCGGACGAGACUAACAAUAGCAGCCUCGACAAAUGGGGCGACUACUCGGGGUCCUGGGAGAGCCCGUCCGCAAAACCGGCCGGUCCGAACCCCAAGAGCAAGGCCAGCCCAAAGAGCCGCAAAUCACAAUCUCCUUGUGUUGUCAUCGAGAUCCAGCAGCUCCAGGCGAACGCCCCGGGCGUCGGCUUUAUCCCUGACGCCUGCCGCGCGCGUGAAGCCAUUUCGACUUGGCUUGGGCGGCGCUUGCUCACCAACAAUGUUUGCGCAGGGCACUUCGAACAUGCACCGGGGCUGCCGGCUCAUGUCGGUGGCUUUAAGGCCGAGCGGUUUAUGUGGGCAGCCAACCUGGCGUGCGAGGGCCGCUGGGCAGACCGCAAGGUGAGCAUGCCCCUCUGCUGGCCAGAACGAUGCCGACACGGACAAGCUUCACCUACCGCCUGCCUCCUGUGCCAGGCGCGGUGCAUGCAGUGCGACGAGGGAAAGCCCGGAUGCGCGCGAUGCGAGAGGAUGCGAAUCAACUGCCCCGGCUAUGGGGAGUCGCAGAAGAAACGCAGGGGAUCGCCACCAAACAAAAAUACAGCGCGACGGCAAGCGCAGGGCGACGCAGGCGCCCGGAAGCAGCCGGUCCCGUUCGUGGGCCAGCGCUGGGUGGCGUACACGGAAAAGCUCGAGUCGCGGUGGCGCCACAUGUCGACGUGCCCAGACGAGGCGUUUGAGAACGACGGCAAGUUUACCGUCAUGCUGCCGACGCCCUUUGGCACCAUCCCCACCUGCGUCGAGGUGCCCAUCGCGGACCGGGCCCGGGCCUUCUUCCUCGACAGCUACGUCAGGGCGCCGACACGGCCAGGCGAGCGGGGGUCCAACUCGUUCAUCCUGUCCAUCCUUGGCAGCGGCAGCAUCGUGCCCUGCUUCGAACACGCCUUCCGGGCUGCGUCACUCGCUGCCCUGUCGACCCGGCUGUCUUUCCGCCGCCCGAGGGCGCAGGCCCAGGUCGAGUACAUCCGCGCCAUCCGCGCCGUCAGCGACGCCAUGCAGAGCCUGGCGAGGGGAGAGGAGAGCAAAACGCAGACGCUGGCAUCGGUGCUGCUGAUGGCAAUAUACGAGACGCUCGCCUGCCCCAGCCAGCAGAUAGACGCCUUUGAGGCGCACGUCAGGGGCGCGGUGCAGCUCAUCAAGCUGCUGGGCAUGGAGAAUCUGCAGACUCCGGAGUGCAAGGAGAUGUUGAUACUGGCACGAGGCCUCAUACUCGCGCUCAAAGUCCUGCCCGGGCACGAAACCUCCUUCACCGACACGCUCAUGCAGUCGCUGAUGCCGGUAGGGUACCACGACAUGCUGGGCCAACUGGGCCUCUUGAUGGCGAGCCUAGCCUGGCAGCGCGGACGCAUGGUGCAGGCCAUCGAAAGCGGCCAAUACGGCCCCGGUGUAUUUCUGGACGCCGCCGACUCGUUUGAGCGCGGCGACACCAUCCCCGAGAUUCUUACUCGCAUGCGCACCUCGACGUCCGCCGCUCCCGGGUACGGAGCUCCCUGCACGCCCACCCAGGACGGCGUGUAG